GUGACUACCGGGCGCCGGCGGCAGCACGGCCUCAGUCCCGCCGACCAGCCCGAGCUGACAACACGCCUACCGGCCGAGCGGACCGACCGACCGACGGACACACCGGGCCAUCGGUCAGCCAGCUGAGUCAGAGAGUCCGAGUCAGAGCCGAGUCAGCCGAGUCAUGUCGCUGUCAACGCUGCUAGUGGCGGGCGCAGUGCCAUUCGCGGGUCGCGGCGGCGGCCUGCAGGAGCCGCAGUUGGUGCGCGACCAGCUGGUGUCGCAGCUGGGCCGGGAGAUCGUCUCCGCCUUCCGGAUGGUGUCUGGAGGGUCGCCGGGGUCCUCCGCCGCCAGCAGCCGGCGCUCCUCCACCGACGCCUCGGUACAGGUGGACGACGAGCCCAGCCAGUGCGGCCGUCCCCUGCCCGACAUCAUCCGCAGCAGCCUCCCCACCGACAGCGCUCCCAUGUCGGCCCGACAGUCGGCCGACAGGCCGUGCGGCCGCUGCCGGGGCCGGCCGACAGCCGCCCCGGCCCCCGGCGCGGCCCCCGGCUCCGACCGCGGCCCCGGCGCCGGGCUGGCCCCGCCGGCCGGCCCGGCGCCGGUCCCGGCGGCCGGCGCGGAGGACCAGGCGCGGCCGCGAGCCUACACGGACAGCGCGGCCGUGCGCAGCGUGUGCCACUGUCUGCGGAACAAGGUGCACCAGGUGUCGGAGGAGUUCGAGGCGCUGCUGCUGAAGCGGCUGGCCGAGCUGGAGGGCCGCGAGGACCGCCAGCAGGACGUGCUCCGCCAGACAGGCGCGCUGCUGCGACAGAUCGCCGACGACCUGCAGCACAAACUCAGCCAGGAGAGGAAGGAGCCGACCGGCGCUGCUGAGGCCCCGGUGGCGGCCGCCCUGGAGCGGCUGACCGGUCAGGUCACCCUGGAGAGCUGCCUGUGGACCGGCAUCGCCGUCCACAUCUGCGUCACCCUGGCGCAGAAACUGCCGUAAGGUGUCCCCAAGGAGAAUCCUGCAGGAGUUGGAACACCCGACACCGGGAGGAUACCUGCUGUGCCAACCUACCCUGGCACCUCAGCGGGGAUUGCAUGUCACUUGAAUGACAGCAGUGACAGUCUGACAGCUGGCAUUGAGCGAGCUGUCACCUCCUGUCACGAAUGACAGUCGCUGUCGCCGGCCUUUGCCGAUCGCGGAGGACUGACUGAAUGUUCGUCUUGCCAAGACAACUAAUGAAACUGCCAUCAAGUCUCAAGCUGGUGCCACCUCAACAAAUUGAAGUUCUAAGUGGAAGAAAACCACUAAGUAUCCACCAUCGGCAAGCCGAAUUCAUCAGCAGUCAUCAAGAGAACCAGCAAUACGAGACAAAAAUCACGGCCACAAACUAAAAUGGCCAGAUCAUGACCAGCUAAUCGGACUGCCAAGUCUUUCAGGGUGCGGCGUUUCAGCUGCACUCUCAGAACUUUAAGUGACAUUGGUGUUCUCAUUGCUAGAGACAGUGAGACGCAUAAGUGUACCUUCAUUUAUGGAGUGUACACUGUGACCUCGCGCAUGAGAUUUGGGAAUGCGGCCUAACAUUGAAGUGGCAUGUUUUGAUACCUGAUGUAGCGAGCGGCAGCGUAAAGCUGCGCACAUAUUUGUAAGCUUGCUCGUAGCUUUUUGAGAGUCGAUAAGCGUAUUUUUGUGAGUAUCGAGCAAAUGGAUAGGCUUGAUGUAUCAUUACUUCAUAUUCGCUGGGAAUGUCUAGUCUUCACGUAGAAUUGUAGAUUGUAAUAAGAGUCGACGACUGCGGUCGUGUGGUGUGGAAGAAAGGGGCUGGAUUUGUAGAUUGUCACGUCCUUUAGACAUCACAUAUUUAUUAUUUAUAUAUUUAUUGUUUUGUGUACACAUGCAGAGCAGGGUACCGAGAGUCCUUCCAUUCCUAGUCAUAUUUUAUUUAAUUACAGUCAUAAGUGAUCUCAUUUCGUGUGAAUGAAGAUUGGUUGUGAUGUCAUAGUCUGCCAGAGUUUUUGUCUCAGUUACAAUUGAAAACAGCAGCAGCAGAGCUCAUCAUUUUCAAACAGAAUGUCUUGACAGACAUGUCAAAACACAAUGUCUUUCAGUCACCAGUAUUAGUCCGCAGGCGUCUAUGCUGACUGGUGUGAGACUGGAUAUCAAAACUGUAGUUUGAGCGGUGUGCCACUGAAUGUUGCUGUGAUUGCUAUCCAUAGCGAUAAGGCUGACGUCGACCCGCGCUCGGCGGUCACAUAAUAAGCUCUUCACUCUGCUGUGAUACCGUACAAUGCGAGACGGAGAGCGUCAGCGUCUAGGGACGUUCCUUUGCGUGUCGUCCCGUAGUUUUCGGACGUAGCGGCGUGUCGCCUCUGUAGCUGCUCGCUCGUUGGGUGUGUGGGUCCUGCGGCAGUGUGUCGCCCCAGGAUAUGACUGCAGUCUCACGGUGUCUUUCGGUGUAAGCCCGCUCUGCACUGCACUAGGAGGGUGGCCUGUGUGGUAGCUCCCUCUUCCCGUGUACGCGAGUGUGACGACGGCAUUCAUAAAUACAAUGUCGCUUUGAUGUCACUAGA